AUGGCUCACCAAUCCGAUACCACCUCCUAUACUACCGUGUCCGAUUCUCACAGCACGGAGUUCAGCAACCCCAACCGGGAGGAAGUUAGUGUCAACGCUGCAACAUCGUCUCAUGCAAGAAGACCAAAAGAAACAGUCUCCAGAAUCUCCUCAGCUAUCGUUCUGGACAACUCUUCCAAGGAAGGAUCGAGGUAUGUGCACAAUGCCAUUGCCUCUAUGGUCACUAAGAUUCUGUCUGGGGAUCAGAAUGUUCCUGGGGUUUCUGUUCCCUUGAACACUAUCGUACCCGAUGAUGGUGCAUGUCGUGAAACCGCAGUUGUGUUAAGGGAAAAUGUGUCUGGAUUACCUGAAGAGGGUCCUAAGAAUGAUAAACAUGUAAGCAAGGUGAGAGGUGAGAAGGUAAGUGUCCCUCAAGAUGUUGAGGCCAACCCUAGAGCUGACACAGUCAACCUGGAAGAGUUCUCUAAUAACGAACUGCUGGCCUCAGUUAUCCCUAGCAUAGCCAAGAGGGUCAGGACUAGGAGAGGGAAAAAGACAGUGAUGCAAAGGUCUCCAUCCAAGGAAGUUGAUGAGACAACUUCUCCCAAGCAAACAGUGACAGAAAGUGCACGCAAAAGGAAAGGUCAUGGCCCUGCAAAAUCUUGGAGCAAAGAGGUGCCCAAGAAACUGAAGACCAAGGCUGUUGUGGUGGAGUCUGACUCGGAUGCUCCCUGUGAUGUCACAACAUCCCUGUCCAGGAAGAAGCCAACCUCUAGCAAGUUGGCUGCUAGCGUUCCAGAGGUGCCUAUAGACAAUGUAUCCUUCCACUUUGCCUCUAGUGUGAACAGAUGGAAAGAGACUUGCAAAGAGCUGGAGUCUAGGAAGCUUGCUUUUGAAAAGCUGAUCUUUCAAUUGGAGAUGUCUGCAGAGGAUACAGAUGGAGCUGCAAGGCAAAGCUCAGAGGGUGAGGAGGAGGCUAGUUCUGAGGAGGAGGCUGAUGAUGAGGCUGAGGAAUAA